AUGGCCCAUGCCGAUGAUUUAAUGACCUUCCUCCUCGAGUUUUACAAUUACGCACUUUAUGUCAAGAACGAUAAGACCCUUGAUGACAAGGACGCGAAAAUCGAAAUGUUGCGCGACAAUGUCGACAAAAGGUACACUAGGAGUCUUACAACGAGAACGACGAACGCGAAGAAAAGGCAAAGAACAUCAAAGACAGAUCAAGAUGGCUCAAAUCGUAGUGCGGGUCAAGGUUCCGUUUCACAUCAACGCGCCGUAAUGACGGUUGCGCUCCAGAAAUCGGGUUUCAAAGUUCAGGAUGAUGAAAACUCUGCCCGAUUUGAACCGUUUAUCAAGGUCUGUGUCGAAUAA